GUGGAGCAUAGCUUACGAUUUUGACGAUGUUGUCCGACCGGAGCAGCAGCUUAACCCUCAUUACAGUCCGCCAUGGUUGUUGUUUUUCUUCCGGCUUGCGCAGAAAAAUUAAGUUUGUCGAGUAUCAGUGACGUUCAGUUCGGGUGAACGCGACCUGGACGUUAGGUCACAUUUGAAUCGGAUAGUAUCGGCCAAAACCGAUCUGUGGUGUUCAGACCGUCAUGAAAAGAUCGGAUACAGGUCGCAUUAAGGCUAAACAUCGGAAUUGGGUCACUUCCGGCUGCAGUGUGAACAUAACUUAGGAAACCAAUUGAUCAAGCUGCUGUUUCUCUCCGCCUGGCCGUGGAGGAUUGUCGAUCUGUACGGAUGAAGAUGAACACGACCAGAGUUCGCCUCUCGCUCUGCUACCUGUCCUCUGAGAUGCUCUGGUAGAGAACUUUCUCUCCUGCACGCCCACUUACAUGCUGACGAGGAUCCAGCACACACACACCCCACACACACACCACCACCUAUCAGUGCAGGCGAGCAGCUCUGUUCGUACGCGUGUGUGCAGCGAGGAGCUGUAUUUCACUCCCCAUCCGCAGCAGCAGGACAGCUCCACAGGAGUGCGGUUGUCACCAGACAUCACACAGCAGCUCAAGCAAGUGGGACUGCCAUGGAGGACACCCUCACCUGCAGCCAUGCCACCUUCUCCCAGGUGUUUGGACGCCAGGGGCAGCUCAUGCAAGCCACUGUCCAGUCUCUCAACAGCCUGAACGACCAGAUCGCUCAGUUCAUGGUGACCCGACCCUGCAGUCUGGCUGAUGAGGAGGAGGCCUUCAUCCCCGGAGAGAGGGACACCCUCAGGAAGUCCAUGACUCUGAUGAGACACCUGCUGAUGGACGCUCAGGGGAAAAUCCUUAAAAUGAUGGAAGACAACAAGCAGCUGGCGCAGAGGAUCGAUGGGGCCAUCCAGUCAGCGAGUCAGGAAGUGACCAACCUCCGAUCCGAGCUGUCCGCGACCAGCCGCAAACUGGCAGAGCUGGGCGCCAGCAGCCCCCCGGCGCUGGAGAACCACCUCCAGCACAACCACCACGAUGACAGCCUCCGCUACAGGGAUCCGUCGGUGCUUCACAGGCAGAAGACGGUGGUGACGGACAUGUGCUACCCGACAGAGAUAUCCAGCCUGAUGGACUUUGGCACCGCAGACUGCUCGCUAGGCAAAGCGUUGCUGCGAGAGGAGGUGGUCCAGCUUCAGGAGGAGGUCCACCUGCUGCGGCAAAUGAAGGACAUGUUGAGCAAAGACCUGGAGGAGACACAUGGCGGCUGCUCCGCCAACCUGCUGUCUGCCACCGAGCUCCGAGCCCAGCUUGGUGACAAGGAGACGGAGCUGGACCGCGCCAAGGAGGCCUUACAAGCUAUGAAAGCGGACAGAAAGCGGCUAAAAGUGGAAAAAUCAGAGCUGGUGAAUCAGAUGCAGCAGCUGUACACGACGCUGGAGAGCAGAGAGGAGCAGCUGAGGGAGUUCAUACGAAACUACGACCAGCACAGAAAGGAGAGCGAGGAUGCGGUUAAAGUCCUGGCGAAGGAGAAGGAUGUUCUGGAGCGGGAGAAAUGGGACCUGAGGAGGCAAACCAAAGAAUCCACGGAGCAGGCCAACAUGCUGCGCUCUCAGAUAGACAUGAAGGAGAACAGGAUUAAGGAGCUGGAGGCCGAGCUCACCAUGGCCAAGCAGUCUCUGGCCACGCUGACGAAAGACGUCCCCAAGCGUCACUCGCUGGUGGUGCAGCCGGAGCCGCUGGUGAACGGCAGUCAGGAGUGGGUGAUGCAGGCCGACCUGCCGCUCACCGCCGCCAUCCGUCAGAGCCAGCAGACGCUCUACCACGGACACAACGCCGACCGGCAGGCUGUGGUCAGGAUCAGCCCCUGCCACACUCGCCAGCCGUCUGUGAUCUCUGACGCCUCAGCAGCUGACGGGGACCGCUCGUCCACGCCCAGCGACAUCAACUCGCCCCGUCAUCGGACGCACUCCCUCUGUAACUCCAUGGAAGACCUAGAAGACCAGAAGCGUAAGAAGAAGAAGGACAAGAUGACUCUGGGAUCUCUGUCCCGGGUUUUCACCCGAGGAAAGCAGCGCAAGUCACUGGACCCCGGUUUGUUUGAUGGUACAGCCACCCCUGAUUAUUACAUAGAGGAGGAUGCCGACUGGUGAAGCUGAAUGAGCGUGUGUGUGUGUGUGUGUGUGUGUGUGUGUGUGUGUGUGUGGUGUGCGCCUGUGUGUGUGUGUUACAUGUGGACAUCCCCAUAUUUUAACUGUGUGUGUCUGGAAGAAGGAAAUGGAUGAAUUGUGAUGAAAACAGAGACUGCUGUCGUCGUAAAUGUACAUUACACAACCCAAGAAAAAUGUAUGUUUGUAAAUUAAAUAUAUAUAUUUAUAGUUGUACAUGUAUGCAUAUGUAUAUAUGUUUACAUGCAUAUAAAUAUAUAUACAGGGUUAUUACAAUGCGUAGACAUGUUUAUGCUGUAUUAUCUUCUAAAUGUCUUCAUGUUUUAUGUUUUUUAUAAAUAGAAACUUGAAGGACUGCUGUUUAUAUGUACAUAUAGGAGCUAUUGUGAAAAAUAGUGUUUAAAUAUUAAUGUUAUCUGGGUUUUGUUACUCUAUAGUUGCUUUCAUCAUGGUUUGCAGCAUUUCUCCUUUUUUUGCCAGUUUUUAAGCCUUUUUCCUGCAACACAUCAGGAAGCAUUAGAUGGAAGCUUUGGGAGUUUAUGUUGAUCUGAUUCGUGUUCAUUCAUAUUACACUGUGUGCAGCAGGGAGGGGUUUGAAGAUCUCCUGCAUUUUAUACUGAAAAUGUUUAGGGAUGUUCCGAUCUAUCAUUUCAGGUUCAGUAUUUAUCAAUACCGAGUGAAACUUGAAGUGACCACCAACUUUGCUGCUGUUCCUUGUAUCUACAGCUGUAAAUACAAGGUUUUCCAAGUUCCACCAUCUUGACAUAUUUAAAAACAGUAACAGAGCUGGACUUUUACUCUUCUUGUUUGUUCUGCUUUGCUAUUAAAACCCCCCAAAAUAACAAAAACAUUGUUAGUGCUUGAUUAGUUAAAGAAAAUAUCUACAUUUAAAAUUACAAAUAUUAAGAAAAAGAUGCCUAAAAGCUGGAAAAUUCCAAGUGCGGCUCAUAGCCUCGAACUCAAAAUCCAACAUGGCUUCCUUGCAUUUAGAUCCUAGUGAGCGGCCCAAACUGAAAAACUGUUUAUCUCUUCAGGUCUUCAAAGAAUCCAGGGUAAUUAGGUUAGAAAUAUGCCAGUCAUGGGAGUAACUAAAACCAUCGAGUAGUACUGAAAAUAGUUUUUCAUCUCUGAAUAGCUUUUGUUUUGACCGAAAGUGUCGACAGUUUUACAAGCUAAAUUUGCUUUACCGUAAUUCCACGACAUUGUGCGCUAUCUGAAAAAUUCCGACGGUUUCUGAAAGGGAAGACGUUGCCAUUUCCAGCCAAUAUUGGGUUAUUACGGUAAUUUCUCUCCCUCCGUCAUGGGGAGCUUGAUUUUCUUCGGCGUAGUCUGAUGAGACACUCUUGAUAGUUGGUAAAUUAACAUGGUUGGUAUUCAAUGUUCCGGUUGUUAGGGAGAAAUGGGCAAUAUCUAUUUACUCACAGGACAUUUAAAUUACUGUGUACAAUUAAAAUAAGCAGAAAUUUCCAGACGGAGAGUUCAAACAGACUCAGAGGGCUAAACUGUGUUGCCACGGCGACCAGAGAGCGCGAGGUGAGCCGCUUCAGAACCGAUCCAGAACCCGAACCGGAUCAGAUCGGGACGUCCCUAAACGCUAUGAAAACCACUGGCAGACCAGCAGCCUUUUUAUGGAAAGCACAACUGCAGUGAGUUAAAAAAACCACAAACACAGCGCUAGCUUUUCUAACCACGUGCAAAAAGUGCCAAAAGUUCAAAGGUCAUCACCUUUAGCUUCAUCGCAGGAGCAGCCAUGUAACUCUGUUAAUGUCUCGACUCAUUUCCAGCUAACAUGUGCCAAGCUGAGAAAAAUGAAUGUUUAAAAACAUGCAUGGUCCCCACGUGUUGCUUUGAUUAGAUAUCUGUUCAUUUCCUGUCAAAUUAAGCAACAUGAAAACAUCCCUUCUAUGUUACUUUUCCCGUUUUUUAUACCAAGCCUUGCUUUGCCAAUGCCUGCACCCUGACUUACCAAGAAUGUUCCUAUUUUUGUUUUAUUUUUUUGUUCACACCCUCCUCAAUUCCUGCAAAUGUGGCUCUUAUAAACCUGUUGAAAUGCUUUGUAAAUUAUGAUAACAACACAUGCGCAAAAGAUGAAAUCUAUUGAAGUAUUUUAUUUAAAGAGGAAAAAAGAAAAAUACAUAAAACAGAGAGUUAAUUCCUGAUAUUUAUCUGCCUGCAGCUGUUGCAGUCUAAUGUUGAGGAGGUUUCCAAGUGAAUUAUAACUGAAAUGAAAAUCCUAUUUUAAAAAUAAAACCAGAAAGUGAACACGUUGUGGCCGUUGUUCUGUUCCAUGAGUAAUCCUGUUCCUGUGUCUCAGUCUAACCCGUGUCUCCUCCUGCCAUUCCCUAAUGGCAGCUCCUCCUAAACCAAAAAACACAAGUUUGCACCGCUGAGGAGAAACGAAAGAGAGAAGGAGUUUGCAGUGAGGCUGGGAUUUGCAUGCAGCCCUUUGUGUCAGCAUGUGGAGACGAAUCUCCCUGGAUUCGUCGGUUCACGAUGAACUCUGACACACAGCACAGCAUGUCGGACGGGGAGGAGCAGCUGGACCGCCUCCAGCAGGCCGAGCUCACCCGCAC